CAGUGCCAAGUUUUCUACGCAUCCCCAAUCAAGUGCUCUGUGUUUGUGAAAUCAUCCGUCCCACGGUCCGGCCACGCUGUUUAGCUGACCGACGCAGCAGGAGCGAGGAACAAAUUCGCCCGUGGGUGGUGAUGGUUUGAUGGUGGAAAGAGGUUGUUCGAAAAGGAAAAAAAAACAGAACUCGAUAAGAACAUUUUCGGAACGGGACCACCACAUGCAGCAGCAGCAGGAGCAGCGGGAGUAGUUUUUGAAAGCGAUCAAUUUUUGAUCUCGAUGUGCCAAAGAAAAAAGAAGUGCCCAAACCGGAACCAAAGAGAGAGAAAGAGAGGGAAGCGAGUGCGAUCACCAAAGUAUACAACGUGCCAUCAACGGGAGGUGGUUCCCGGGCUAGUAGCAGCGUGUUAGUAGGAGUUAGCAACAACAGCAGCGAUCGUGUUGGAGCACCAGCAUGUCUGGAAUAUUCAAAUACACACCCAACCGGACGGCCACGUCCACGCCGAAUCGACGAUCCGGGCUCGGGACCGGAUUCGGAAGUCCCGGCGUGCACCAGGAUGCCAGCAUGGACAAUUCAUACGCGAUGGGAUUCCGCACGCCAUCGAUAACCGCCCUGACGGGACAUGGUUCACCGGUUCAGGUGCGCUCGUUGCGCGAGAACGAGGAGGAAAUAUCUUCGCUGCGCAAGGAGAACUUCAACCUCAAGCUGCGCAUCUACUUCCUCGAGCAGAAGGCAGGCAUCUGCACCGAGAGUGACAACCUCGGGCUGGGUUUGACCAACUCUUCCUCCGCCUCGGGUGCGUCGUGCGAUGGAAACUACGCGAAGCAGAACAUCGACCUCAAGGUCGAGCUGGAGUCGCUGCGGCGGGAUUUACUCGACAAGCAGCAGCUCCUGUGUCAGGCCGCGAAGGCGAUCGAGGUGUUGGAAGAAGACCACCGAAAGACGGAGGAGAAACAUCGUGAGAUGGUGGCGGACCUCAACAAUAGGAUCGAAAUGCAUCUGCUAGAGAUAAAGUCGCUGGAAAAGAUGGGCGCCGAGCUGCAACAGCUGAACCGCGAGCUGCAAAAUACGGCGGCCACACGAACAGCACAACGGCCAGUACAGGGCGAAGAAGAGGAAGAUGAGGAGGAGGAGGAGCAAGUGCCAGGAUUUACCAGGGCCUCGAGUGCGCGGGAAGCUGUGGGCGAAAGUUUGCUCGACUUCCUCGACACGGUGCAGCAGCACAGCGAGAUGAGCGUGCAGGAGAAGCUGAAAGCGCUGGACAUGGAAAGUAUCGUCCGGCAGUGUCAGGAGCAGAACGAAGAUCUGAACCGACAGGUUGAGCAGCUGCAGGCUCUGAUGGACGAGAAAGCGGCCACGAUUAGCCAGCUGGAGGGGCAGUUGGGAGAGCUGCGUUUCGAGAAUGCGGAGAUGCGUGAAAAACUGGACGAACAGCCGUCCCAAGUCGAUGCGGAGAUUGAUCGACUGAAAAAGCAAGUUUUCGACAUCCGCGCCGAGCUGGCCGAUAAGGUGUGCGUGCUGGACGACACUGAGACGAAGCUGAAGGAAAAAACGGUCGAAUUGGCAAAGUCUUGCAAGGUGGUGGAAAAGCUAAUCAAGACACUAUCGGAGCAGGACAGAGAGAUAGCCAAACUGAAGCGCAACUCGAACAUAUCACUACCCUCCGAACACGGCACGGCUGGCACCAACAGUAGCCUGCACGAAGUGAUCGAAAUCGUCGAUCAGGAUCGCAAGCCGGUCAGUCAGGCCGAGUACGAUGCGUUGGCGCAGCGAGCGAAGCUGCUGCAGCAAAAGAACGACACGCUCAUCCACAAGCUUUGCAGUGGCGCGGGAGACCACCGGAACGAUCGCAACAUUAUCAUCAAGCAGCUGAACGAUGAGCUGAUACAGGCGCGCGAGGAGGCGGAGAAGGCCCAACGGUGGCGCAAAGAGUGUGCCGACCUGUGCGCCAUCUCGACGCUGCGUCUCGAGGAGCUGGCGGGCUUCCUGGACUCGCUGCUCAAGAACAAGGAGUUCGUCGGGACGCUCUCGAUGGAUCGCCGGCGGGCCAUGCGGAAGGCGGUCGAUCGGAGCCUGGAUUUGUCGCGCAGCCUCAACAUGUCCAUCUCGGUGACCGGCUUUUCGCUGACGGCCAACAACAGUCUGGCGCAGUUGAGCUGUCUCUCGGGUUUCCUUGAGCCAUCGCUGCGGUUGAACGAGAGCAGCCAUCUGGUCACCGGGGAGGAUGACGCCGAGCACGACAAGGAAAAUCGAGCGGCUAACAAUGGUGGCGGUAAAGUGCAGGAAGGGGUCGGCAGCAGCGCGACCACUCCCCAGACGAAGCAGAUGAUCGAAACACUGCGCGCCGAAAAUAGGGCUCUUCGUGGGGAACUGUUCGAGCACCAGCAGCAGCAGGCGCGCAACAAGCGCCGUGAAAGUAAGGAACGCAAACCGGUGCCCGUGGCCAUCGAGCCCAUAUCUGACUCGGAAGCCUGGUCCGAGCCGGACCGGGAUGUGUCGUUGGCCCGCAUUGGAUUGGAGGACAAUUCGGCGCUGUUGAGGCAGAAGCAAUCGCCGGCGGGUGUCACCGCAACCGGUUCGAUGGUUCUCUCUAGCUCGGGUACCGGUGCCGGAGCCAUGCUGGAGUUGAGCUCCACCUCCGACAACGAAGCGGCGACGGGAGCCGGUGGCAACGCCGCCGUGGCACAUAAAAGCAUUUCCGUGCUUGAGUUCAAGCAACUGCAGGAGACGGUGGCGGUGUUGAACGGGGAGCUGCGGGCAAAAGACACCACCGUGCAGCAGAUCGAAGCGCGGCUAGCCGAGCUGGACGCGGAACUGCAACAGGAGCGCACGAGACUGGCCAGCGUAGAGUCGGAAGCCGACGGUAACCGGCAGGCGUCCGCUCGCUGGGAACGGGAGGCGCAGGAAUCGAGAGAAAAGGCUGAACGAGCGUCGGAGCGUCUCCGGCUGCUCGAGAACGACAUCCUGCUGAAGGACACACAGAUGGAAAAGCUGCGCAAAGAGCGCGAACAGGCCGCCGUCGAUCUGCGUGUGGCGGAGAUGAAGCUGGACGCGAUGCGUGCCGAGUACGACGACAUGCAGCAGCGGCACAAGCACGAGCUGGAGGCCGCGUUGGUGAAGCAGCAACAACAUCUGGACGAGCUGCGCCACAGCCUCACGGAUGCAUUCCAGAACGAGAUGCAGCUAAAGCAGCAAUCGUUCGAUACGGCGCUUGCGCAAAAUUACAUCUCGAAAAACAUCCACCAGGAGAAACUGCGCGAGCUGGACGAGCUGCACUAUCGGCUGGAGGAUGCGCACAACGAUCUGGCCACGAUGGCGCAAACCGAGCAAGCGCUACGAGCGCAGGUGACCGAAGCUGAGCGUCUCGUUGCCUCCAUGAAGAAAAGCCUUGACGAGGCGACCCUGCACGCAUCGAAGCUGGCGGUCGAGCGCACGAAGGCCCUGAACGAGAAGCGCCAGCUGGAGGCCGAUUUGGGCCGCACCCGCAACGAUCUCGAGCAGAUGAAGUGUGAAAAGAACGAACUGAAUCAACGGCUACAGGCGGCGAUGGAACAGGUGGCCGCGGUAACGCACGACCGCUCGACAUCGAUCUGUGGCCGUAUGCGUGACGCACGCAACUCGACGUCGGCCACCGACGAGGAACUUACCGCGGGCCGUCGACGGUUGGAAAACUCGUCGCCCGACCUGGGCAUCGAGAGUGAUCCGGGACGGUUGUCCAAUACGGAGCUGACGUCCGCCGGUGCGGGAAAACCGACGUCCGCCGGUUCGCAGCAGCGCCCCCUACUCAAGACGCUGGAGUUGACGAAAUCUAUGUCUAACUUGCUGUUGAAUCCGACACUGGAAGUCAAAACCGAAGACGGAGGAGAAUCGUCGAAGGGCGUCGGCAGCGGCGAAUCGGAAAUGACCACGGUCGUGAAGCACGAUUGCGCCAAGAUUGAGGCGGACUACACGGAACUGCGCCGGCGCUACAAGGAAACGCGCCGGUGCCUUACCCAGGCCUACGAUAACAUCAAGCAGGCCAACAAGCGCAAGGAGCAGCUCGAGGUGGACAUCAAGCAGCAGAUCCACAAGACCCGCGACGUGCUGCGGACGGUGCACAGUAACAUGGACCCCGGCAGUGAGCGUCGGUAAUGCGGCGGCCGCCGCUAGAGUGGCGUUCCGUCCAUCCGUCCCGUGUCCACCGCGUACGAUGGGGCCUUACUGCAAACAAACAGAAACGUUAUUUAUUACCACAUCAUUCACUCUUCACCCUCUUCAACAAGAAUACUCUUUACUAACUCAUCUUAUUUUAAAAUGUAAUGUUUCUUUAUUGCAAAAAAAAAAAUCAUUGCUGUAAAUAGAUUAAAAAAGGAGGUUAAUUGAAGAGAAGUUUAUUACUUCCUUUAAUGAGGUCUUCGCGGAAAUGGGGAGAAGGUUCGGCUAGCAAACAGUGGAGCCACUGGAGCCACGUGGACUGUACAUUUACUGAACAAUUGAACUUGAGAACCAUGAUGAACUUGUUAUUAAGCAUUAUCCAAGGAAACACACGCGAGUGUAAAUAAGUGAAGGAUGAGGCAAAAGGAGUGAGAUUUGGAUAGAAUGUGUCUAGUGUGGUGUUUAUGUAUGUUCCAAAUACAAUAAGAAAAAGAGCUAGGAGCUAGGAAAAAUGUUGGUGUGCUGUGAGAAGGGAGGGGCAGAACUAUUUUGAAGACAUGACACGAAACUUGUAAAAUUAAUUUAUCGUGUGUGCGAUCGAAUGAUUGAAUGAAGUGUGUGCAAAGCUGAAGUGCGAGUGAGGGCCAUUUUAUGAUCAAAUAAAACCGAGAACUUGUUUGAUAAAAAUAU